UGCUGCAACCACAACUUGCCGAAUAUCUGCCAUGCCUCCAGACGCUAACGUAGCUCAACAGGAAAAUAACGGAUUUGGGCCACUUUCUAAGCCUCGUGGAGGAGCGGCAGUGAUUGCCUCGUGGGUUGUGGACAUUAUUUCAGCAGUUGUGCUUGUGUUAUCAUAGGUGAGGGAGAGAGGGGGCAAGGAAGGAGUUCUUUUUCUGGUCUUCGCAGCUGCCUUGCUUACUCUUAGUGCAGUUUUGGGGGAGCUUCUGCGGAGAGUUUGCCUGGUAGCUGAAGAGAUUCGACACAAGGAGACGAGAUACCAAGGAAAGUGGAAGAAAGUGUUCAAUUUCGCAUUCGGAUAUUGUCGCGCUAUUUUAGCAGUGGCCGUUGUUGCCGCUUUGUUAAUGUGCAUGUGCUUUGCUUUGAACGAACAUUAUGAAGCCUUUUCCCACCCAGACUAUGUCAUAUUAUUUGCACUGAACUGCCUUUUAGUUCCACAGUUGGUUUUCCUUGUUGGUGCUCGAGAACUGUCUCCUGUAGAAAUAUCGGAGAUAAACGAAAAAGAAAACAAGAAUGUUGCUGAUGGACUGGCUUGGAGUUAUUAUUUUGGCUACCUGAAGCUGGUGCUUCCAAAACUUGACGAUCAGAUCUCAAAAUCAGAGAAAUUUCGUUAUAAGAUAACAAAGAGAAAGCUUUUCAUCUUGCUGCCAAAAACCUGCUACGCGUAUGAUGAAAUUGCGCAGGCAGAUGAGAGGGUGAAAUGCGCCGGUAACCUCCCAGAGUAUUUAAGAAAUAGGGCUGGUAUACAGGCGCGAUCUUACAAGCAUGCAGUGCACCGUAUAGAGAUGCCCAACCCUGAUGGGAGAAUGAAGGAAUAUUACUUUAUCCUCGAGUAUGCCACUCCUCUUGCGUCCCUGUAUGAUAUGUCCAUGCAUGUAGAUGCUCCCCUGACUCGUCAAGAACUCGAUAAUCAGGUGGUGCUGUUCAUACGAAAACUGAAAGAAAUUCUAGAUGCUUGCCCUGAAUGUAUCAACAAGUAUGAAUUGGUGCCAAUUUCAGGAAAUCAGACCAACAAAAUAGCAGAUGUUUUGGUUGGGAUUCAUGAUGCCACCAGUGUAAAGUUCGAUGAACAUACUUGAACUGAUAUAAGUAACACUCUAUCAGCACUGUUCCAAGGCAAAUGGACACAUUCACUUACAAAACCAGAUAUGGACAGAAGAACUGUUUGUUUUCAAAGCCAAAACUACUGUUAGAUAUUUUUUAUAAGUUUGGGAGAACCGCAGGUUUCAAGUUCUCCCAAGAUCUCCCAAACUCGCUAUUCUUGUGUUUGCAUAACAGGGUGUGUUUCCUGUGUGUUAGAUUGUAAACCAAUUUAGGUGUCUCAACUGCUUUCUGGUAACAAGAAGUUAUGCUGUCUAAUAACAAUCUUUCUCUCAAGUCACCUGAGACACAAUGUUUAAUCAUCUGACUACAUAUUAGUCUCCAACACAUUUUAGUAGUUGGUUUUUUUACUCUGAUGAUAAUUUGAUCCCCUAUGGUAGUCUGCCAAGCUGUAUUAGGUGUUAAACCCUAGUUUUGAGAUAUUUUAACAUGUAGGCCAUGUCAAGUGCAGGCAAGGGAUGUGUCACCAACAAAAAAAA